AUGUCUGAAUGGCGUGAAAAAUGGCUCACGCCUUGCACCCACGGUGCAAGGAAGAAGCACGAAACUUUCGACAACUCAUGGGGACUCAGUUUAGCUCUUGAACACUGUGCAUCGCGGGAUCUGUUCUGUGGUGGUAUUUGCCUGGACCGAAGAAAGUUUUUCGAUCUCUUGGAAUACGACGUGGGACACACUGUCCUGCAGCGGCUCGGUGCCCCGGAGGGGGUCCUCAAUGCUGGCCGCAGCAUGUAUAGCCAGCUAAAUUGUCGCUACAAGGUCAAUAAAUCUCUUUCAGAGCCAUGUGCACGAACCAAUGGGUUUGCCCAAGGUGACUCACUCAGUUUGCAGGUUGCGCUGGCCAUGAUUUCUAUUUGGACUCGUUUUGUGCAGCAACAAACUUCGCCUGAGGCCGAUUUUCACACUGGCAGUUUUGUCGACGACUGCCAUUUUUACUCCACAGGCACCAUAAGGGACACUGUAGCCAGCACAAUUGCGCAGGCCUGGCAAGCUUCACGCAGGUAUGACCGCAUAGCAGGUCUGGAAACCAAUGUGAGCAAAACAUUUGCCUUUUCAAAUAAUUCCCAACUAGAUGUUCAACUUGACAAGCGUUUGAAGGAGUUCGACCCUGAGUGCGAUCUCUCCAACAUUUCAUCUUUCAAGCUUGUUGGUUCUGUCAUCACCGCUAAGGGUAAGCCUUCCACGGAUGAUAGGGCCAAUCGUGUAGACCGAACCAUUCAAAAGCUUCGAAAGAUUCGCACAGCCCCCGUGCGGUUUGCAAACAGAGCCCAGAUGGCUGAAGCAGUGUUCACAGGGGCAUUGUUCGGAACAGAGCUGCAAGACUUAAGUGUGACGCAACAGGAUUCUCUAAAAAGUGCAGUAACUGCACUGCUGUGGAAGGGCAAAACCUGGUAUCGGUCCCCAGCCAUCACCUACACGCAUCUUGUGAAGCCCCACAGGCUGCUUGCAAAGCCGGCUGCCAUCUAUCACUGCUUGACCCUUGCACGGCGGCUUCUUUUAAAGCGCGCAGACCUCCGGCGCCUCUUUCAGGAAACUUGGCAAGGGUUUGUUCAGCAGAAUGGACCUCUCAGUAGAAUCCACAAAGCUGUGCACGAUUUGCAGGCCACCUGGAGUGCUCCCUUCUUGAUUCACACACAUGAGGGGCUUGAGCUCCAUUUGCUCGCCCCGCUCGCAGCCAAGUUCCAACACGAUCUCAGGACCGCAUUGCGAAACAUGGUGCUGCGUAAUGAGCGAAGUUUGCACACUAGAAAGGAUAUGGUAGGGGGACCCGUGUUCUUAUAUGAGGCAAACGUUAAACUGUUACGGGGUGCCCGGGGCGCCGCAGCCUGCACAAACAUUCCACAGCUUUCACUACGCGAGCAAGCCACGCUGCGGAACAUUCUCUCAGGCGUGGUUCGCACCCAGGACCGAAUGCACAGGUCGGGAUUGGUUGAUGAACGCGCUUGCCCCUGGUGCAAGAAAGAUGCUGUGGAAGACCUCGAGCACCUUUACUGGAAUUGUUCUGCUUGGUACGAACACAGACAAGACUUCGUUUCCCGCUGGGAGCAAGUAAUCCGCUCGCUACCGGAGUGUGCACGACACUGUGGGCUUCUACCAGCCAACGUCUUGCAAAACGGAUUGUUUGCCUCACUGCAAGAGGCAACGCUUUUUGCAAUUGCCUUGCAGCAGACCAUGAUUCGCAUUGUGCAGGCGCGUGACAUAGUGAGCCUUAGCGCGCGAGCCAUUGGCGGUGCAGCUGUUGACAGUGAUGUCGAAUCCCUGUCACGAAGUGAACACUCCUGCGAGUCUAGCCACGCUGUGCCAGCACAAGAACCGGCUAGCUCUUUUACACGGCAGCAUCUUUUUCCCACUUACCCUUGGCACCACGAGAAUGCAUUUGAGGGUGACGGGUUCUUUGCACCCAGCAUACCGGCCAACUGGCGGCGAUACAGCGCAGGUGGGGAGUGGACCUUUGGCCUCACGUGUUUCGUGCCCUUGCAUACGUACUGGACCAGGCUGAAGUGGCCAGGGGCAAAUGACACAGGUGACACAAUCACUUGGCUUGAGCUUGCGCUGGACUAUCACGCCAGCACUCAUUGCCCGUUGGCCCCUCCAGACAGGAGUGAUGCCUCGUUGACAGCAGCCAGCAUGGCCCAAUUCUUUGAGAGAGCCAGCAAAAGAAUGGCUGUGAUCUGUGGAGCCAGCUUGUGUCCUGGCAAUUUCUUGACUCACGCUACGAGCUUAACUGCCUUGGGCUUCAAUAGAGCAGCGGGCAUCUCCCUGCGCCCUAAGUUGCUGCAGCCAGAGUAUGUGCAUCGCAUCUUGUUCGACAUUGCGGCCGGUAGCCGGCACGCAGACAUCAAACUACGGAAGCAAAAAAUUAUCCUGCCGCAAGCGCCGCCGUUGUUGCUACAUCAGCUUGUCCGAAAGAGGCUUAUCGGAAAACAGCCGGCGCCAGAUGCCUACCAGCCACAGAAACCGAGGCGCCAGGUUAAGUCGCACAAAGCAGCUAGUGCCCAUGUCCAAUGGACAGACCAAGAAAGUGACAUUCUCCUAGCUGCAAAAAACUGGAGAGACAAAUACAGGUUGGAAAAAGUCCUUUUUCACAACCGCGAUGCACAAGAGCGUAGCAGACAUUUCCUCGAGAUUACUGCUCAGGGCGACAAGUUCGUUUGCGCACUAUGUAAAAGAUCAAACCCCAAUCUAGGUAAAUUUCUUGUAGAUUCAUGUGGCGGCGAGCUCGACCAAGGCGCGCCGCUCCCAGGGGCGCGAAAGGCCAGCGUGCAACUUGCCAAACGGGCGCAGAUUGCGCAUCAACACAACAACGCUCGGACCCACCAGCACGAACUUGCAAUCCCUACCUCCCUUGAGCAACUUCCAACGUGUGUUCUGUGCAACGAGCAACAGCAGCAGGAGGGUUGGAGACGUGUAAGCCACUUUUUGCGUCGUACGUGCAGUGCUGCGCCAUAG